ACCCUCUGUACACGAGUAACAGUCGAUAUUUACAAAUAAACAGAUUGAGAAAGCACCGAACGCAAGUACGUAAUGAAUAAAUAUUCUUCGGUCACGCGAGCUGCGAAUCGAAAAGGUGUAACGCUCGAAAAUAAAAUAGUGUUUUACGCCAUUGUGUUUCUGUGGAAUGAUCGGAAUUCUUCGAACUUUAACAGUUUAUGGGUUACGUAAUUGCAUAAAUGAAAAGUGAAGGAAAAAAGUAAUUUCAGAGGUUCAUUUCUGUGGAACAAAAAACAUCGAAAGUUUAUUUGCCAAGCGUCAAGCAACGUCGCUGAGGAAAAUUGUUCUAUUUGGCGAAGAAUCCGUGGGCUCGAAAUCAGCUGAUUGCUGUGACCCGCUCAAUUUACGGCUGUGUUCGUGAGAGUGGGAUUCCAAAAAAUAUAUACCCGAGUGUAAUACGGUAUAUAAACUUUUGAUGGGCGACUUGCAUGGAGUUUUCACGGAUAAAAUGUCAGAAGGGUCAGGAGUGCUCGUGAAACGUGUAUCGCGCGUGUGCAAGAUUGCGGUUUCGUUCGACAAGCCACUGCAUCAUUUCUGAUGUUUGCAGUGGAAGAACCACGCGUCAGUGUCGCGUUUAGUCUGGGACGUUGGAGAGCAGUAAAGAGUUUGUCCAAGUACAGCGAGAGCAGCUUGCCGAAAGAGUGUGUAUGAGAAAGAGAGUGUCCACUUUCCGGCCACUUGGGCUUUUGAUUAUACCGCAAAUUGCGAGCAAUUGCGGUUAUUAUUUGGUCUAUUGCUGUUCAUCUUGUUAACGAUAUAUACAUCUGUACAUAUGUGUAUCAAAGUAAAAGUGUGUGCAUUCAUGUGUGGAUAGUCUCCGGGUCGUGACAGAUCGAAUGUCGUCCAUCGAAGCCGGAAAUGAAUGAGAAACAAUAGAACCGUUUAGAAGAUGGAACCGACGGACAAAUCGGACGCAAGUCGGUUGUCGCGUCUGAAAUCCAGCGACAAUUCGAUGAGUGAUAACGAACUUAAGAAAUUGCCAGAAAAGUUGAAAAAAAUCGAAGUCAAACCACCACCAUCGCCAACGAGUUUUUUAGCGAGGAACGCCGCUCUCGUGCCAUCCCAAGUGGCUCGUCUCAAACAAAUCAGCCCCGUACGAGCCGGCCUUGAAAUGAGUGUGUCUGGCGCACCGGCAACUUCCAGCGGUUCAGCAACAGGGAAUCCCAGGAACAAAACAGCCUUAGCACCGGGGCACAGUUUGAUGGAUUGGAUCCGUCUAGGCUCAUCGGGAAUCGAUCUUACCGGGGUCGGCGGUGUGCCGCGUAACGUAACGCUUAAGGAACUUGCGAAACACAACAAAAAGACGGAUGCGUGGAUAGCCAUACGAGGGAUCGUGUUCAACGUAACUAAAUACAUGGACUUUCAUCCCGGUGGUGUGGACGAGUUGAUGAAAGGAGUGGGCAAAGACGCGACGAAGUUGUUCGACGACGUCCAUGCGUGGGUCAACUAUCAGAGCAUUCUUCAGAAAUGUGUCGUUGGACGGUUGACAAGAGGGGGGCCGCCAGGAUCUUUCGAUUUGACGGAUACAACCAAUUCCCCUCGUGCAAAUCUUCCGUCGAGUGGUCCUGCGAUAUUGGAGUUUGAUACGAAGAAUGAAAAUCUGAACGGUGAAGAGAUCAACAAGUCCGGAUCCCCUGCACUCAACGUACAAAUAGAUUGGAAGCAGACGACAAACUCAAUAUCCUUCAGCUACAAACCGGCGUCCCGUAAAAUCGCGGUCGCUUAUCGAUUGACGAGAUUAAAUGGCUCCGAGUUUGUUAUCAAGAUACAUCAUGAUAACACUGUAAUCAGACACGAAUAUGAUUUGAGUGAAAGCGUCAAUUGGCCACCGAUGGCGGUAAAAAACUUUGAAAAUUCGGAGAUUGAAUUCUCGUUUACUAAGUGUACGGGAAAAUUGUGGAAUUCUUUCGGAAGUCGUUCCGUCGUAAGAGAAACGAAGAGCAUCGAACGGGUAUACAAAGAGUACAAAGUAAUAAGCAAUACGGAGCUUUGCGAAGGGGUCCGUCUACUGGUUGUUCGAGCGGAGGAUUAUAUGGAAAUCGUACCGGUUGGAAGACACGUAGAAGUGAAACUGAAAGUAAUGGGUAUGGAAGUUUCGAGGUCUUACACGCCUGUUCCGUCGUCCUUUCGUGCUGACCACGUGGCGUUGGGCUACAAGCCCGAUUGUCUUUGCCUUAUGGUAAAACGAUACGACGAUGGAGCUCUAAGUCCGUCCUUAACGGCACUCGAACAGGGACAAGUCCUCACUUUGAGUAAUGGCCUUGGUACCUUUGUCGUUGAGUCCUUUGACGAGUGCGCCACUAUUCAUAUGCUUGCCGCAGGCACCGGAUUAACUCCGAUGCUCGGUAUUAUUCAACGAGCUCUUGGCAGACGUAAUGUAAUGACGAUAAAUCUUGUAAAUUUCAACAGAAACGAGAAGAAUAUAUUUUAUAGUUCAGAGCUGGAAAGAGUAGCCGAGGACAAAAAACUGAGUCUCACUCACGUGCUUUCGCAGCCAGAAGAAUCGUGGCAAGGCCGUAGGGGCCUUGUUACAGAGAGUUUAUUGAAGGAACUGUUGGGAAUUUCGUCGAAGGAAUCGUGUGUUUUCAUUUGUGGUCCAAAAGCUUUUAUGAUCGCGGCGAAGGAAGCACUAACGAAACUGGAUUGGAAAGCAAGUCAGAUCCACGAGUUUGACGGAUGAUGGAAACGCGUUAUCGCCAAAUGAAAGUACGAGACUGCACGAGUGCGGGUAAUAAUGGAAUAUUUUCAAGGAUUCGGAUUCGCCAUCGUAGAAUAUUCCCAACUCCGGGAAACCAGAAACCUGCUAUAAAUUUGGCCUCGGGAACCACCUUAACGCCGUAAAAACUUAGUUUUCCUCUAAACUCAUGUUUUUCGCAGUUUUUUCCCCGGAAAUCCUGUGUCCUUUCGCACAACCCUGGGACAAAUACUUUGAACAAAAUCCUCGAAUCACAUACCCAAGUACCUUGUAAUUUUAAGGAACAGUGCUAACGAACGUUGCGAAGAUAAUGAUUGACGCUGAAAUUUGCAUCGUUCGAAUGUAUCGAAAUGACUUUUAUUUUUUUCCAAUAUUCCGAAAAAAAAGUCGCUCCUUUUACAUAAAUUCGGAGACAUUUUUCUUUCUCCUUUUCGUUUAACUUAAAAAUUAAACCUGAAAGUCGUAAUUGCUGUUAUUUAUUUAAUCGGAGUAUUGAAAAACGAUGGAAAGAAGAGUUUGCAUUCUACGAUGAAAUUUCAGCAUUUUGGCAUCUGAUCACUCAACAAAACAACUGAUAAAAGUGAUCCGAACCCUCCGUAGCCUUCCAUAGGCCUUAAUAAAAUAAACGAAGUUUAUAACCAACGCAGACCUCCGAAAACCAAUGAACGACGAAUAAACAGUUGUCAUCGAGUGCAUACAACGAUAAUGCGUUCGAUUAUGUGCAAAAAAUUCGAAACAUUUCUAGCAAAAACUUUAAAGAAAAAACUGAAAAAAGCAAUAAAGUACGAAGAUUUACAGGUUUUUUUGUUUAAAAGUUGAACCGUGGGCUAUGGAGGGUCAAAAAAUCCCUUGAAAUGUCGAUCGAUCGGACAACACACCAGAGUACAAGUGAUUUUCUGAUAACGGAUAUCGGACCAGCAGCAAAAACACCAUUCACCUUGGAUAAUUUAUGGGAACAGAAACAAGAAACUAAAGAGCGAUGAUGAAAAUAAACUGACAAAUACAAAUGAAACAUGAAAGUUGGUUAGAACGUGUCACAUUUUUAGAUAAAUUUAAAAUCGUGAAUUUAUUCCCGAUUGUCAUACAAUCAUAUAUACGAUUUAAUUCGUCGAGAGCUCCAAUUGUACGUAUCUGCGUAUGUUGUGUCGCUGUGAGUGCGAAUGAAACUUGAAAAGUCGAAGAACAUUCGAUGUUUCAGCCCGUUGUACAUAAUAUUCUAACGUUCAUUUGAUUUUUAUUUAUAAUUAUGAACCAAAUGAAUUAUAGGCAACAAUGUAACUGAGAAUGCAAAGUGCGAUUAAGAAAAUAAAUGUUCCGGAGACAUCGUAGACCGAUCAA